AGCCGCGAGUUUGGACGGCGAGAGGUGCUUAGUCGGGAAGAUGUUGCUGGUGCUUUCGGAGGAGCACAAGGAGCACCUGGGCUUCCUUACCCAGGUGGAGAGCUCAGUUGUCAGUGAAUUUGGGCGGAUUGCAAUGGAGUUCUUAAGGAAAGGCACAAACCCGAAAAUCUAUGAAGGAGCAGCAAGAAAACUUAAUGUUAGUAGUGACACAAUUCAGCAUGGAGUAGAGGGAUUAACAUAUCUUCUCACUGAGAGCUCGAAACUCAUGAUUUCUGAGAUAGAUUUCCAAGACACUGUACUUAUACUGGGAUUCUCCGAGGGACUGAACGCCUUACUACUUCAGCUGUACCUUGACAACAGAAAAGAGAUUAGAAGUAUUCUGAGUGAGCUGGAACCAAAGCUCCCUAGUUAUCACAGUCUUGAAUGGCGCCUAGAUGUACAGCUUGCCAGCAGAAGUCUGAGACAACAGAUUAAGCCAGCUGUGACUUUAAAACUACACCUUAACCAGAAUGGAAGCCAAACAACCAGAAUAUUACAAACUGACCCUGCUACAUUGCUCCACCUGAUUCAGCAACUGGAACAAGCUUUGGGGGAAAUGAAAACAAAUCAUUGUAGGCGAAUAGUUCGUAACAUCAAAUAGUGUUUGUCACCUCAGUAAACGUAAUGGAAUUAUGGACAACAGUGUUCGCAAAACAGGAAAGCAGCUUGAUCAGUCAGAACUCUUUCCUGUGCCAGGAUCCUGAGGCAAUGUUUACAGGCUCAACUCGCUUGGGUGUUCUCCCUAUAAUGCCGUCUAAUGCCAGUUAGUGUAAUUGUCAUAUACUUUAGCCAGAUGUAAAUUAAUUAGCUGAACGCGUGAGUUUUUCUAAUUACACAGAGCUGCCUUUUGCAUAACACUUAUUUAUUGGCACAGUGACCAAAUUUUUCCCUUCCUUUUUUUCUGAUCCACCAGAAUCAAGAAACACUUAAGCAGUAAUAUGAUUUCCUGCCAUUUCUAUUUAAUCCUUGUGCAAUCUGUUACUCCAUUAUACUGACGAAACAUUCCUUGUGCCAUAAUUGCUGGUUGGUGCUGACGUUUAUAAGUAAAUAACAGCAGCCUCUGGUGAAAAUUGCUAUGUUAUAAUAAGGGACAUGAUUUUCUGGUUCACACAACCUGUCUCCUGCACUCGAACUGUCUUCAGUGGAUGUCCUAGGAUAACAUGACAUUCAAACAGGUAACCUGAAAAAAAUGCCUCUGUGAUGGUAGGACUUAUUGCUAGCUUUCUAUCUGAAUGUACAGUAUAUAUGCUACAUUGCUCAUGCAAGUGCAUGGCUAAGGCCAUGGGACUGCUCAUGUUGAAGAAAAUACGUUGCAUGGUUCAGUUUUUGUAGUAGGUAAUAAAAAAAUUCUUAAUAAUUAUGUGUAAUCUGUCUACAUUGAAUUGGUGUAAAUGAGGUAAGUGAAUGAACUCUAUUAUGGAUUUGUAUGUAAUCCUCUACCUUGUAUAGUACUGUAUGCUGCAGAUGAAUCUAUUCCAGUCCCUUACAUAGAGAAUCACAUCUGAAAUAUUAAUGUUGGAAUUCACACCAUUAUUUGGCUGGUCAAAGCCAUGUAUACCUUGUAUUCUCCUCCUGCCCCCUUAAAAAAACCAUCCAGCCUGAUGAAGAAUUCUGGACAACUUGUAAGUUUGCACACAAUUUUGUACUAUUUGGAGUUAGAUUUGAUAGUUUGGGGGGUUUGCUUUGGACCAGCAUGGCUACCUGUGACCUCUAUAAAUUAGAUGAUUUUUGCAAAAACCAUCAUGGGGUCUGUCGGUGGUAUAUCCAGUUAAAAUUAAUCUUAGAUAGCAGAAUGGUCAAAAGAGACUGUCUCCUAAAACUUUGGGACGCUGCUGUUGGUCAGAGUAAAUAUAAUGUUGUUUCCCGCAGAUGCUUCUUUGGCCCUCCUCACCUAAAGAUCCCAAUGUGUCUAAUAGUUGAUGUCAAAUACAAGCUCUGGUGGAUGAGGUUAAAUGUAUUUUGUGGAGUAGAGAUUGUUUUCUAAGUAAAGUACUUGCACAAAG